GGGCCCGAGCCGGAGCCCGGGCCCCCGCCUCCCAGCAGGCGGACUUGCCUGCUCCCAGGCCGGCCCCUCGUCCGGGACAGGGGCCCGGGCCGAGCGGAGCCGCCGCGCUAGCGCCGCGCCUCUAGCCCGUGCGCCUAGCGGAUCGGAGCUGCGCGCGGAACUGUCCUGCCCCGCCCCGCGCUACCCGCGAGGAGCACAAUCUUUUUCCCCCAAAGGUACCUGCUGGGAUGGAGGAGGCUGGCCAGAGCAGGGAGGAGAUUUCUGCUCAGAUGCUUUCCAGGUGGCCCGAGGCAGCCGGGAUGACAGCUCUCCCCAGGAACCCUGCUACUUGAGAAACAUGAUCAGCAAGUGCCGCUGGAAGCUCCUAGCCAUGUUGGCUUUCGUCCUGGUGGUCAUGGUAUGGUACUCCAUCUCCCGAGAAGACAGAUACAUUGAGCUUUUUUAUUUUCCCAUCCUAGAGAAGAAGGAGCCAUGCCUCCAGGGGGAGGCGGAGAGGAAGGCCUCCAAGCUCUUUGGCAACUACUCCCAAGAACAGCCCAUCUUCCUGCAACUUAAGGAUUAUUUCUGGGUCAAGACGCCAUCUGCUUACGAGCUGCCCUACGGGACCAAGGGGAGUGAAGACCUGCUUCUCCGGGUGCUGGCCAUCACCAGCUAUUCCAUUCCAGAGAGCAUCCAGAGGCUCAAGUGCCGCCGCUGUGUAGUGGUAGGGAAUGGGCAUCGGCUGCGCAACAGCUUGCUGGGAGAGGCCAUCAACAAGUACGACGUGGUCAUCAGGCUAAACAACGCCCCGGUGGCUGGCUACGAGGGUGACGUGGGCUCUAAGACCACCAUGCGUCUCUUCUACCCUGAAUCUGCCCACUUCAACCCCAAAGUGGAGGACAACCCGGACACACUCCUCGUCCUGGUAGCUUUCAAGGCCAUGGACUUCCACUGGAUUGAGAGCAUCUUGAGCGACAAGAAGCGGGUUCGAAAGGGUUUCUGGAAACAGCCUCCCCUCAUCUGGGACGUCAACCCCAAACAGAUUCGAAUUCUCAACCCCUUCUUCAUGGAGAUUGCAGCUGACAAACUGCUAAGGCUGCCGAUGCAACAGCCACACAAGAUUAAGCAGAAGCCCACCACGGGCCUGCUGGCCAUCACCCUGGCCCUCCACCUGUGUGACCUGGUGCACAUUGCUGGCUUCGGCUACCCAGAUGCCCAAAACAAGAAGGAGUCCAUUCACUACUAUGAGCAAAUCACCAUCAAGUCCAUGGCGUGGUCAGGCCACAAUGUCUCCCAAGAGGCCCUGGCCAUCAAGCGGAUGCUGGAAAUCGGAGCGGUCAAGAACCUCACAUACUUCUGACUUGGACAGGAGCUGAACCCAUCCGUCUGCUCACCCUGCUGAGCAGCCCCCAUCCAUGGCUGUGGGGGUGCCUGGGGCCGGCAUGACCCACUUGGACUCACCCUUCCCUGUGUGGGGAGGAGGCCAGGUCGGCGAUGAGGCCGUGGCUCUGGCUGCUCUGGUGGAGGCCAGAGUCAGUCAGGGUGGAGGCCCUGGGGCUGCAGGAGCCUGGCCAAGGCACAGGGCUAGUUGCCGUGGCCCCCUCUCUCUGCCAGCACCAGGAGAUUAUUUAAUGGGGCUAUUUAAUUAAGGGGUAGGAAAGUGCUGUGGGCUGGUCCCAUGGCAUUCAGAAAAGGGGGCAUAUUACAGUGUUCUGCCCACUUUUUAUAAAAACAGAAGUGAUGGACCCAUCACGGGGCCUAGAGCAGGCAUCCCCAGGAGGAGGGGUGUCUGGAGUGGGUGGUCACCUCCUGAGAGGGGCUGCUCUGUCCCAGCAGGCAUGGGAAGAGCACUGGCACAGGGGUUCCAUGGAGGAGGGGACCUAAAAGACAUUACGUUUAUCAUUAAACUAUUUUUCUUAAAAAGAA